GGCCGACCGCCUGCUCCUCCGUGGUUCCGUCCUCAUCUUUCAAGGUGGGAGUGAGAAUUCAUCUUCUUCAGUUACGUCUCUCCCUUCGCGUUCGGUGUGUUCGCUUGUCUCCUCCGCCAAUGCUCCUUGUUUGAUCUCUGUCGUUCUUCCUUGUCAUUGUUGUGACGCUGUGAGUCUCCGUGCGCCGAAUGGUUCAAAUAGGCGUAAUGUUGCAGUAGUGGGAUAAACGUUUGAUAAAAUGUUUGAGAGGAGAAUUAUGGCAAUCUCAUUCAGGAUAAGUGUUUGAUAAAAUGUUUGAGAGGGGAAUUAUGGAAUUGAAGUUUUAUAGAUGAAAUUUUGGAAUUAAGGAAGCUUUAAGAAACCAUGAUUUUGCUGCAGGAAUAAGAAUGGUUGGAUGGUGUUGUUUAGGAUUUAAACUUUGAUUACCAGAAGAGGUUUGAUAAAUUAUUGGUAGAUUAAAGUUUGAGUUACUGUAACAAACGAGCAUGAAGGUUUUCGCUUGAUGACUUAAUCUUGAUGCAGACUAGACGUUCGGUGAGAUGUUGGAAGAGAAAUGGACUUAUUUGGAUCUGUGAUUUAUGGUAUAGAGGACAGGUGGUAGAUGGGAAGGUAGAGGAGAGAAGCUAUUUCCUAAAGAUUCAAAAUAUGUCGAAUCCAUUUGUGAGAUACCGAAAACUACGCUUGAGAGAGUUUCUGCCCAAAAUUUAUAGAUACCCAAUUGCCUGCAAAGAGCUAAGCUCAAUUCUCAGGGACGCCUACAAUAAGCUCCCCAAAAAUUUGCAGGCUAUCAUCUUUGAGGACAUACUCACAGCCUUCCGUCUCCUCCCAGAAAUCCAAACCCAAAGUGGUGUUUCAUCAGCCCAUGUGCUCGUACAAAGUGUAGAAGUUGCACUGCCAAAGCAAAAGAGGAAUAUGGCUGUCAAAGAGUUUAAACAUGCAAUUGUUGCUCACAAGAGGCGUUGUAAAGCUCAACGGGAAGGACAAGGUUCUACCCAACUGCCACAUGAUAUUCUGGUGCACAUUUUUAGCCUUUUAGACGUCAAAUCAUUAGUCUCUGUGGGACUAGUUUGCUGGUCAUGGAACUUAGCUGCAAAUGAAAACCAUCUGUGGGAGUUGCAUUAUGCUGUGCUUUAUGGUAGUUUUGUUCAAGAGCAGCCUAUUAGACUGGAUGGAGACAAAAAGUAUCCACUCUCACAGGAUCCCAUAGAUACUAAAUUGAACAUUGACUGGAAAGAAGCAGUUAGAAGACAAUAUACUGGAGCUUUAUUGAAGAAAUUAACAUCCAACAGGGGAUACUGUGCGCACUGCAAAACGGUAGUUUGGCUGAAUAACUCAAAAUGUCUCAAUGCACAUUGUGAGAUCAUGUCCAACAUUCAAGAUAUCAAACCUGUAACUGCAUGCCAGGUUGCUGAAUAUCUUUUGGAUGAUUCUUUAUCCAUGACAUCUUCCUCAGAUAGUGACAGCGAUUCAGAAGGAGGAUCAGUUUCGAGGUUAUGGGCAUAUGCCAAACACUUCAAAAGAUAAUUAGCGCAGCGGCAAAUCUGUGGUCAUUCUCUCUUUAAACCACUCAAGACCUUUCGAUUUCUUGCAUUGGUCUUUUUCCAAGGAGUAAAUAUAGUGAUUUUUUUUUUUUUUGAAAAAAGUCAACUUACAUUGUUCAUAAGCUAAUUACGGGUUUGUUUUUAUAAACGCGUUAGGUGGGUUGUUGUCCUUU